AUGGCUGCGGCCGGAGGCGCGUCGAGUAUUAUUACUCAAGUCCAGCAGGCUGGAGGACCGCCAAUUAAUACUCUCGGAGAUAUCGGUGGAAAUGAGAAUAUCACGCUUGAGCUCAGGGGAACGAGAUUCACCCUCUCUCGCGAUGAGCUGUUGACUUUGCCGGAAUUUGUUCUUUUGUCGCUCUUUCCAAACGGUCUUCUUCCCGAUGGACAUAUGGGCACGUUCCACGAAGGCGACAUUUACCCAGUCGACUAUGACCCGGCUUCCCUACAAUACAUGUUGGACUUCUUCCGUUCUGUCGCCCAAUCGAUUCCGUCCUCCUCACCUUCCGAAUCUACAUCGCCAGAUGUGGAUGUGCCGUCCGAUUCCAUGCUAGGAUCUGCCAGGGAUGCGCUUCAGGACCGUGCUGGAAUCAUUGUGCUGCGCGAAGACCUCGAUUUCUACGUGAUUCCUCCACGGGCCGACAUCGAUCACACGGAAAUGAUCGAAGUUAAGCGAGCUGCUGCACAGACUCUCCUCAAACAAGACGGAAUCUUCUCCGGCCUGAAGAAGAGUGAUGAGGUUGGUUCCACGGAACAACACUUGAUUGAGAUGUUGACCGCAGGCGGAUUCAACCGUGACGACCAUUGGGGCCACCGUGCACCAGAACCUCACAAGGCCGUCAUUUGCAGUCUUGCAUUGGCCAAGCUCCGGACCGACAUCAGAGGCGAUCUGUCCAACAACAGUACUAUUGGGAUGGCGCAGAAGUUGCUUCUCUUCUGGAGAAAACCAGCCCGUAGAUGCUGGUGGGAGGGCAUCGAGCUCGACGAGGUGGAAGGUGUUGAGGGGAAAGUCAAGGUUUGGAUCCGUAGAGUGUGGACUCUUGAAAUGAGUGUGAUAGGACUGCGGUAG